CAACAUCUCCCCUACUCCAUGUCAGAUUCCAACACAACCGAAUUCACUAACCCCUCCACCUUCAUCCUGCUGGGCAUUCCUGGCCUGGAAGCAGCCCAUAUCUGGAUCUCUAUCCCCUUCUGCGCCAUGUACAUCAUAGUCAUCUUGGGGAACUUCACCAUCCUGUUCAUUGUGAAGAGGGAGCUAAGCCUCCAUGAGCCCAUGUACUAUUUCCUUUGCAUGCUGGCCAUCACUGACCUGGUCCUGUCCACGUCCACCGUGCCUAAAAUACUGAGCAUCUUCUGGUUCAAUUCCAGGGAGAUCGAUUUCAGUGCCUGCCUCGCCCAGCUGUACUUCAUUCACUGCUUCUCAGCAAUAGAGUCUGGAAUCUUCGUGGCCAUGGCUGUGGAUCGGUACGUGGCCAUCUGUUAUCCCCUGAGACAUUCCACCAUCCUGACAAAUCGCAUGGUGGUCAAGAUUGGCCUGGCCGUGGUGGUGCGUGGAAGCAUGCUCGCACUGCCCUAUCCCUUCCUGGCGAGGCAUUGGCCAUAUUGCAGAACCAACAUCAUCCCCCAUACGCACUGUGAGCACAUGUAUGUGGUAAAACUAGCCUGUGCCGACAUCCGCGUCAGUAGUUACUAUGGCCUAUUUGUGCUAAUCUGUAGAAUUGGACUAGAUGUGUUUUUUAUUGUUGUGUCCUAUACCCAGAUCCUCAGGGCCAUCUUCAGCCUCCCCACAAAGGACGCCCGGCUCAAGACUUUUGGGACCUGCAGCUCGCACCUCUGUGUCAUUUUAGCCUUUUACAUCCCAACUCUCUUCUCUUCCCUCACAUCCCGAUUUGGGCACAAUUUACCCCUUCAUUUCCAUGUUUUUAUUGGCAACGUGUACCUCCUUGUGCCCCCCAUGCUAAACCCCAUCAUCUACGGGGUGAGGACCAAACAGAUCCGGGACAGGCUGCUCCAGCUCUUAACUCAUAAAGGGACUAAAGUUUUCUCCUGGUGCUCUAGGUCUCAGACCAAGCUCCAUGCAGACCUGGCUGGUCACAUGGUCCUGGGCCGUCUUCCCUGA